UGGAUCUAGGGAUCUCAGUUGUGACGGCGUUCUUUUUUAAGUCGAAAGGCUUUGCGAUAUGGGUUAAUUCUACAUGCAUACACACAUUCACAGGAUUCUUUCUUUGUUGUUGAUAAAGAGAGAAAUACGGACGGGUGUUAAUAAGUCCAGCCGGUGAAAACCAUAUGGGAUAUUAAGGAUACUCGUUUUACAAAACAGUGGCAGCUUUAUCCCAUCACUUAGUAUGCCUGGAUUUCAGGAUUCCCUCCAACAGCAAGGCCGAUUGAAUACUCUAGAUGUAAUGCAGGAAUAUUUUGCCAAAUUAAAUCCCAUAGCAGAGCGUAUAUACCAUGAUAUAAAUGACACCAAAGUGAACUAUGGUAAAUUAUGGGAUAGUCUCAACUAUCAUGAACAGACGGAUAUUAUAAACGACACGCUCAUCAAGCCGGAAAUUUCAUUGCACUAUUUUGAUAGCUUUACUACACCCCAGUCGAAUUCUAGCAAAAGUCAUGCAUCAACCGAUUCCUUGGCCGCCAUAGUCUUGAAUGACUUCAGUGCACACAAAGAUAAUGGUGGUGGCAGAGACUGCAAAGACAUAGUUCCACUGAACAAACAAUUUGAUGCCAAAUAUAAUAAAAACGAAGGAUAUGGGUUUGAUGGUCGCGAUUUAAGGACAUUUGCCAUACAAACGGUAGCAAUGAAAGUGAUUCAAGACGAUAAUAUUGGCAGCUUUCGUGAUGAGUACUCGCGACCAUUUAGUUAUCGCACCAAGUCACAAAUAAAUUUACAUCUGUUUUCGGGGGAUCUUUCGGAUUCAUGGCAUACUGGAAAUCAUCAGCAGCUCUCAUUGUUCCCAGGCAGCAAGGAUACCAAACAAGAACCGUUGGAUGCUGAGUCCAAAAAGACUCUGCUAAAUUAUCAGCGACUACAGUGUGAACUAAAGAAAAGUUUAAAUCAGAAUCUACAAAAAUCACGGCUAAAUGAUGUCCACCAAAAAAGUGGUGGUGGUGGUGUUGUCAAACCGAGCAGUAUUACCAGCCCCUGCAUGGAUAUUCUGAAAAAUCGCAAAAGUAGUAAUAAUAUCGAAUCUCCGAACAGCAGCAGUGUUGACAGUGAAAAGCAAGCCAGCAAUACCAACAAGUUAAAACCAAAUAAAUCGAAUUCUUCUUCAAUAAUACAGGUAUUUUUAAACUCAAAUAAUAGUUCGGCCCCACCAUCGGCCAGCAUUGUUAAUUAUGCUGUCUACACUGAUAGUUUUUUGGAUGGCGAGGAGAAAACUAAUUUAAUGCAGAAUUGUGGUAGGGGUCAAUUUUUAUUGUCGGCCUCAUCCUCAUCUACAGCCACCUCUGAAGAUGAUGAGUAUGAUGGCCGAACUGAUGAUAAGGCAUUGGACUCGGAAGAAGUUUAUCUUUUGGAUAGGGAUAUACGCAAGGGAUUUGAUUUUCUAAAUAAUUGGUAAUUCUUUUUAAAGCUAAAAUGGUAUACUUUAUUGGAUUUUUUUUUUUU